AUGUCCCCUACCGCUACCACUACCGGCAAUGCCCAAGUCACCGCUCGUCAGCUAUGGGGACAAAUGACCACGGCCGUUCAGGAUGCCGAACGAGGUGCCUGGUGUACGCCUCUGAUCCUACCCAGUGGGGGAAUCCUUGUCUUUGGAGAUAACGACACGAGUACGCUUUCGGCGCGUGUGACUUUCAAACUCCCUUGCGAAAACCCCGAGUCAAUCAUUAGCCCUGACACCACUGGCAACUCGUCGGUAAUAGGAUUUCAAGACCCUUUCUAUGCCUCCAUAUCGCCUCAGAUCUUCGCAUUGGCCGCCGCUACCGUCAUCAGUUAUAUCCUUGUCAUUCUCAUCUUCAUCACACCAAGGACUUUUGUCAUUGGAGGGCCUGGUGGAGGAGCUGGGUUUUUGGGUCGACGUGGAAUGAUACAGGGCUCUUCCAAUAUUAUAGGUGUCGGCCGGAGGCCUCUACUUCAGAAAAUCGCCACGCUGACAGUUGCUAUCUCUCUCACGAUCGCUACCGCCGACACUUUUAGUGUGGCUAAAGAUCAAUAUAAUCAAGGAUAUAUGGAUUCGAGUCUAUUGGUGGAUGAUGUUGUGGGAAGUCUUGAGAUUCGCAUAAUCAGAGUCAUUUCCGACACUUUUCUCUGGCUGGCCCAGGUUCAGACGCUAAUUCGACUGUUUCCACGGCACAAAGAGAAAGUCACCAUCAAAUGGUUGGGUUUCGCCAUGGUUUCUUCGGAUACAAUCUUCAGUAUCCUUGACUCAUUUGUCAGUCGCAAUCCCCGAACGAGACCCAGAAGUUUUCAGGAUGUAAUUCCUGCAUUGAAUUACUUAUUCGAACUCGCAAUCUCUAUAAUAUACGCCUCUUGCGUGGUGUAUUAUUGCCUGUCGAAACGUCGAUAUGCUUUUUGGCAUCCAAAGAUGAAGAACAUUUGUUUGGUGGCGGUCAUUUCUCUCGCCUCUGUUGCUAUACCUGCUGUAUUUUUUGUUUUGGACAUAUCUCAACCUGAUGUUGCUGGAUGGGGUGAAUAUAUACGUUGGGUGGGCGCUGCUGCGGCAAGCGUUGUGGUGUGGGAAUGGGUGGAAAGAAUUGAAUCCUUGGAGAGAGAUUCGCGAAAAGAUGGCAUUCUCGGACGAGAGCUAUUUGACGGUGAUGAGAUGCUGAACAUGACACCGUCAGAAGAUGCGAGUUGGCGUGGGCAAGAUCCCAAGUCGGGUUCUGACGGAGGUUUCCGCAAGAGUAUGACGAGACCGAUCACUCUUCAAGCCAGACGGCUACAUGCACGUCUACCUCUCCGCAAACGACGGAAGGCUGGCCCGUCGGAUGGAAUCACUCCUGGUACGGAUGCUGCGAACUCCAAUGGUACCAGGAUUCCUCCCAAUGCUCAGCUCAUUGUCCCUACCGAACAGAUUGUCACCCCCAACAGGAGUGAUACUGGCAGUGCCACCAGUACCGUCUAUGCUAUUCGAUAUCACAACCUCACUAGUCCUUCGCCCAACUUGCAACAUGAUCUCCAACCUCCACAGCCACACCAGAAUCCUAUGGUUGACAUUCCAAAACCGGUUGAUGAACCUUCAGGAUCUGAGAUAUCUCCUUCUAGCACUGAUAAGGAUAUGGCAGUUGAACAACAGAGAGCUCGGAUUAGUGGAAACCCCGACACUCGUCACCAUGGGAGACAAAUAUGGCAAUCAGUCCCCAAUCCAUUCAAACGACGGCGAGCAGAACCACCGGCAGAAGUUGCCGAUGCUCAAAUUGCCAGUGGUGUGAGGCGCUCACCAAUCGAUAGUCGGUUGAAUAUGCGAGCGCGUCUUGGUGCAUUCGCUGCUGCCCAGAAAGAUCGUUUGACGAAUCGUGGCAGUGUAUCAGUUGUUCCAUUGCCUGUCACUGUUAUCCCUGCACCAAAGACAAAUGAUCGAACCUGGUCUCCUGAUGAUCUUCGAGAUGAACCAUCUCACGAGUCCGUGCCUAUGGACGACUUCGGCCCAGAAGCUCGGCAGCAACAGGCGCAGACUUACCACGAAGAGCCUGCCUCUGGAGUGGUCGUUAUCCCAGUACCAAUCCAAGGUAGGACUUGGUCCCCCGACGAUAUAGCCAGUCAUGGAACAAGUCAGACUCCACCGACUGGUUCAAGUUCAAGAAUCCAAAGACCUCCGCCAGUGGUUACUCGAAAUUCAAUUGGUUCAACGAGCGACACUAUUGUGCCACAAAAUGUUUAUACCUCAAGAGGAUCCCUGACUAUAUCGGAAAACGAGGCCCGAGUAGUCUCAAGUCCACGAAGGUCAACUUAUAGUCGAAUGCCAGCGAGUACAGUACCCGAAGAGCCACACAAUGCAGCCGCUCAAGGUGUGAAGACUCAAGAAGAACCCAGGGAUACAGACACCGCAACCUUGAAUGCCUCUGAGAGCACGUUUGGCUCGCAAGAACUGUCACAAACACCUGGACCGCACAAUGGUCCCACUGACGCCUCUCCACAGAACGAUGCAGCUGUAAACUCUUCUGCCGAUGCACGCAAUACUGGUGGAGGCACGAAUUCUCAGUAG